AUGGUUAAACUAGCCAUUCUCUCCUGGCUGACAGCUACUGCUGCUGUUUUUGCCGCGCCUACCGCCGAGGAAAUUAGCUCCCUCAAUGCGAGAGCCUGUACCACACCAGCGAAUUCGCUGAAGAACCCAAGUUUCGAGUCAAAUGGUUUGAGCUCCUGGGUAUUCAAACCUACAUACGCGAGACUCGGAAGCGCCGCUGUUGUAACCGGAGGUUACAAGAGUAACCACGCUGUCCAAGUCGGGGCAACCUCAGGCGCUCAAGACCCCGGGAGCUAUAACAAACUUCAGCAAACCUUUAAGAUCUGCAAAGCUUCGACCUUCCAACUGUCAUGGUCCAUGCUGCUUCCCAAGAAUGGAGCUCAGUUCACUGCACCUCGGACCCCAGGAAUGGCUGUCGAACUCAUAGGACCUGAUGGACUAGCAUACCAAUUGGCCUCAUUCAGCUUCAGCACCAAGACGUUCAGCGGCGAGGUCUACUCGCCGAACAAGAAAGGGACGUAUAAUGUCGACCAGUGGGUAAACUUUGUUGCGGAUUUCCCUAAUGCGAAGACUGGUACCUGGACUGUUUCUAUGGAGUGGUAUGUUUAUGCUCCUGCUUCGGGUGACAAGACUGCGACGCUCAAGCUGAAGCUUGACAACUUUGCUGUAAAGCCUAAAGCUUAG